UCUUUUUUUUUUUUUUUCAUUUUUGCCACAAAGUCACAAUGUCUGACAAGUUCACCCCACAGCAGAUCGCUGAGUUCAAGGAGACCUUCUCCCAGUUCGAUCAAGACGGCAACGGCAGCAUCACUGUGAGCGAGCUCGGCAUUGUCAUGAAGCAGCUCGGCGAGGAUGUUCCCGGAUUCAAGCUGCGCGAGAUGAUUGCUGAAAUCGACAAGGACAACAACGGCACUGUCGAGUUCAACGAGUUCCUUGUGAUGAUGGCCGACCUGAAGGGCGCCAAGCAGCCCGGUUUUGCCACGGUCGUCAAGAAGGUCGAGGCCGUCAACCGCCUCGGUGGCCGCUCGGACGCUUCUGCCGCUGGCACCACCCACUCGUACUCUGACGAAGAGAAGGUUGCCUUCGUCGACUGGAUCAACCACGUUCUUGGCUCGGAUGCCGACCUCAAGUCGCGCCUGCCCUUGAACGAGAACGACGACUCUCUCUUCAAGGCUGUCGGCGACGGUAUUCUGCUGUGCAAGCUUGUCAACUCGGCCGUCAAGGAGACGAUCGACGAGCGCGCCAUCAACAAGACCAAGCUCUCCGUCUACAAGACGCACGAGAACCAGACUCUGGCCCUCAACUCGGCCAAGGCUAUUGGCUGCAACAUUGUCAACAUUGGCGCCACCGACAUGUGCGAGGGCAUCCCCACCCUUGUUCUCGGUCUGAUGUGGCAAGUCAUUCGCAUUGGUCUGUUCGCUCAGAUCAACCUUGCCAACUGCCCCGGCCUUGUCCGCCUGCUCGAGCCCGGCGAGACCCUCGAGGACCUGAUGGCUCUCCCCGCCGACCAGAUUCUGCUCCGCUGGUUCAACUACCACCUGCGCGAGGCUGGCCACCCCCGCCGUGUCACCAACUUCUCUGGCGACAUCAAGGACUCUGAGUGCUACACUAUUCUGCUCAAGCAGAUCGCUCCCCGCCAGCUUGGCAUUGACACGUCCGCCCUCAACGAGCGCGACCUCGAGAAGCGCGCCGGCAAGGUCCUCGACAACGCCGAGAAGAUGGACUGCCGCAAGUUCGUCCGCGCUCGCGACAUUACCUCUGGCAACCCCAAGCUCAACUUGGCCUUCGUUGCCAACCUUUUCAACAUGUACCCCGCCCUCGACCCCAUCGAGGACAUGCCCCAGGAGAUUAUUGAGGAGACUCGUGAGGAGCGCACCUUCCGCAACUGGAUGAACUCGCUCGGUGUCAAGCCGUUCGUCAACAACCUGUACCAGGAUCUGCGCGACGGCCUCGUCCUCAUCUAUCUGUUCGACCAGGUCGACCCCGGCUGCGUCGACUGGGCCAACAAGGUCAACCAACCCCCGUACAAGAAGAUUGGCGGCAACAUGAAGAAGCUCGAGAACUGCAACUAUGCUCUCCAGCUUGGCAAGGAGCACCAGUUCUCGCUCGUCGGCAUUGACGGCAAGGACGUCUUUGACGGCAACAAGACGCUCACUCUUGCCAUUGUCUGGCAGCUCAUGCGUGCCUACACGCUGUCCAUUCUCAACCGUCUGUCGGGCUCCAAGACCCCCAUCACCGACCAGGAGAUUGUUGACUGGGCCAACACCACCCUUGCCAACGGCGGCAAGUCCUCGUCCAUCCAGUCGUUCAAGGACAAGGCCAUCUCGACCUCGCUCCCCGUCAUCGACCUCGUCGACGUCAUCCGCCCCGGCGCCAUCGACUACAACAACGUCACUGCCGGCACUUCGGACGCUGACGCUCUGUCAAACGCCAAGUACGCCGUUUCGAUGGCACGCAAGAUUGGCGCCAACGUUUAUGCCCUCCCCGAGGAUCUUGUUGAGGUCAAGCCCAAGCUUGUUCUCACCGUCUUUGCCUGCUUGAUGGCUGCCUCCAUGACCAAGUAAAUCAGCCUGUUUUUGUUGCUUGAUUUUUUCUUAGUUUUCAGUUCCAAGAAAAAAAAACAAAACAAAACAAACAAACAAAAAAAUGGCUGUUGUAUUGUGUGCAGUGCUUUUCGUUUUUUUUUUUCACGUCUUGCUUCCUCCCACUUCCCUUUGGUUGCUCAACAAGACAACAAAACAAUUUUGUGAAUGGAAAUAUUAAUAAACAAAAAAAUUGAAAAAAAAAA